AAACUCCUCUCUCACUAGCUUAAUCCCAUCCGCAGUCGCCACUCUCCACCUAUUUAGCACUCUAAUCCACCGCCACUUUUCUAAAACACCCUUCAUUUCCUCGUCUUCUCCGUUCCUACCCCCACCUCGCCUCCCGGCUCCCGAUCACAUCACCAAGCGAAGAAGAAAAGGAAAAAGAAAAAUCGAAGCCCAAACCCUAGCAGGGCUCCAGGGCUCGAGGCGAGGGGGAGCCAUGAAGAUCCCGUUCGUGUCUAAGCGAUCGCACCGGUCGAGCGAGGCCGCGGGGCCGUCGAACCAGCCCCCGGCCGCGCCGCAGCAGCAGCCGCCGUCCCCGGCGAGGACCGCGGCUGCGUCGGCGUCCUCCUCGCCCCCCGCAGCGGAGGAGGACUUCAUUUCGCAGGAGGAGGAGUACCAGAUGCAGCUGGCGAUGGCGCUGUCGGUGUCGGCCUCGGUGUCGGACGCCGGGGGGGCCGGGGACCCCGACGGGGAGCAGAUCAGGAAGGCAAAGCUGAUGAGCCUCGGCAGGGGCAAUCCCGGUGCCGCCGGUGAUCAGGGCGGAGGAGGCACCGCGGAGUCGCUCUCACGGCAAUACCAGGAAUACAACUUCCUUGAUUACAAUGAGAAAGUUAUUGAUGGAUUCUAUGACAUAUGUGGACUCUCUGCGGAGUCUUCUAGGCAGAAAAAGAUUCCAUCGCUUUCUGAGCUUCAGAUGAGCAUUGGGGAUCUUGGAUUUGAAGUGAUAGUGAUUGACCAUAAGUUUGAUAAUGCGUUAAGGGAGAUGAAGGAUGUAGCACAGUGCUGCAUGGACCGUGAUGAUAUUCCAGUAUCAGUGCGGCGAAUAGCUGAAGUUGUUGCAGAACAUAUGGGUGGUCCUGUGAUAGAUGCAAAUGAAAUGUUUACUAGGUGGUUGGGCAAAAGCAUUGAGCAGAGGACAUCACAUCAGACAAGUCUGCUGCCAAUUGGCCGCAUUGAGAUAGGUUUAUCCCGUCAUCGUGCCCUGCUUUUCAAGAUCCUUGCUGAUAGUGUUGGUAUUCCAUGCAAGCUGGUUAAAGGGAGUCAUUACACUGGUGUUGAAGAUGACGCUUUUAGCAUCAUAAAGAUGGAUAAUGAUAGGGAAUAUUUGGUUGAUGUUAUGGCUGCACCUGGCACUCUUAUUCCAGCAGAUGUCUUUAAUUCAAAGGGCACUUCAUUCAAUUCCAAUCAAACUGGUCAGAAUCAGGUGACCGAUUCAAUAACUAACACAGACAAUGAACCAGUUGCAUUACAAUUUGAGUCUAAUCACAACCAGUUGCAUACACCGAGCAAUAACAAUUGGAUACCAGAUAAUCAUUCAGGACAUGCAAAGACAACUACUCCCUCUGUUCUGAAUCCUUGUGCUGACACAUUGUCAAUGACUGCUGGAGUUAGUAGUGUGCCCUGUGCAUUGGUACCUCAGAUGCAAUCAGAUCAACCAUCAACUGCUGGUACGCUUUUAAAGCAGAAACAAGACUUGAAAUUACUUCAAAACUCACAAGACAAGGAGGAGUGCAAAAGAUUAUUUUCAGAUCUUAAUCCUUUGAGGGAUAUUGGACCUGGGAAAAGUUCAGUGGCAUUAAAGAGACCAGAUAACAGAAACAAUGAAUUCCAAAGGCGUAGAGAGAACGUAGCUCCGGUCCCUGCAAGAUCACAGCAGCCAUUGGUGAUAAAAAAUUGGUCUGCUUUUAAUGACAUUUCCAACAAUAAGCAGUAUAACUUUGCUGAGGGGUCAGUUCCUCGCAGAAAUGUUAUCAACAAUGUUGCAUCAUCAUCUCAGCUGGCCUGGUCAGCUGCAAAGCAUUACAAUUCUAAUGCUGUAGAACGCAACAAUAGGUCAUAUGUGGCACCAGUUCGUAACUAUGACAAUGGAACAAUUGGUACCUCAGCUACGACCGCAGCCUCUAACUCUGGAGAGCGCCUUGAUAAGUCAAACAUGGGAGUUGCUUCUGAUUAUGACAUGAUUGGUACCUCUUCUGCGAACACAGCUUGUACAUAUCAAAUUGGGAAGGUUGCAGAAAAGGGCCCUUGUGAUGAUUUGGAAAAAGGUUCCAUGUAUUCUGUAUUUGACAGUCAACUUUCAGUCAGUGCACAAGGACUUGUUUUACAAGCAAAUGAGAACAAGGAAAAUUAUGGCAGGCAUGAGCACCAAAAGUUAUAUCCUGAUCUAAGGAAGUCCCCUCCUGACAGAUUCAUGGGUGCACCAAAGCAGCACUCAGGGGCUAUUUCUCCAUCCCAAGUUGGUUCAAGCAGGGUUGACAUAGUGCUGGAGGAUGUAUCUGAGUGUGAAAUCCUCUGGGAAGAUCUUGUAAUUGGUGAAAGGAUUGGGUUAGGUUCAUAUGGAGAAGUCUACCAUGCUGAUUGGAAUGGAACUGAAGUAGCUGUAAAGAAAUUCUUGGAUCAGGAUUUCUAUGGUGAUGCUCUGGAUGAGUUCCGUUGCGAAGUGAGAAUUAUGCGUCGGCUUCGUCAUCCAAAUAUUGUGCUCUUUAUGGGUGCUGUAACACGGCCACCAAACUUAUCUAUUGUAUCGGAAUAUCUUCCAAGGGGAAGCUUACAUAAGAUUAUUCAUCGUUGUGAAAUUGAUGAGAAGCGUAGGAUUAAGAUGGCCCUUGAUGUGGCAAGAGGCAUGAACUGCCUCCAUACAAGUGUACCAACAAUUGUUCACCGGGACCUAAAAUCACCAAACUUACUGGUUGACGAUAAUUGGACUGUUAAGGUCUGUGAUUUUGGACUUUCACGUUUAAAGCACAGUACAUUUUUGUCUUCCAAAUCCACUGCUGGAACUCCGGAGUGGAUGGCACCAGAAGUACUGCGGAAUGAACAAUCUAACGAGAAGUGUGAUGUUUACAGCUUUGGUGUCAUCUUGUGGGAACUAGCAACGCUACGGACGCCAUGGCAGGGAAUGAACCCGAUGCAAGUUGUGGGUGCAGUUGGCUUUCAGGACCGACGGCUUGAUAUUCCCAAGGAAGUUGAUCCUCUAGUGGCAAAGAUCAUUCGGGACUGCUGGCAGAAGGACCCAAACUUGCGCCCUUCCUUUGGCCAAUUGACGAGCUACUUGAAGACUUUGCAAAGGCUAGUGGUUCCUUCUCAUCAGGAGAUACCGAACCCACAUACUCAGCAACAAAUAUGGGUGAACCACACCCCUUGAGGUUACCAUACACCAAAUGUGAACAAAGAGUAUAGUUUUGUGCCAUAUAUUUGGGUUCACUAGUCUGCAAAGGCAUGGCUUGAUUGAGAACCCCCAGUCCCGGAUAGCAGUCAUCCUCGCUGUUACAAGAAAAAGCUUUGCAGCAGGGUAUGUACAGUGCAGUACAGUAUAGGCCCAUCAGGUAAUAGCCAAAUGAAGAGAAACAAGGGUCUGUUUGGAUGAGGGUAUUUCACUGGAAGGUUUCUGGAUCUAGUUCAAAUUCGAAGUAAAUACAAAACUUUCCAAUGAAACACCCCCAAUCCAAACAUGUCCUUGUUAGCAAUUGUAGUUGCUUCUUAUGUCAUCUUUCUUUUCCUUUUUGCCCUAUUGAGUUCGAGCAUUGCUGGAAGACAGCAUGCUCGCAGUGUCUGGUUUAUGGACCUAUGGUUAUAAUAAUAAUAAAAAAAGUAAAUGCAUAACUGUGUC